AUGACGCGGUGCAGUAGUGGAGGAGAUGGGGUAUUGAACCUCCAAGCAAGAAACGACAAUUGUCCCAAGCGUUGUGUGUCCCCAACAGCCUCGUCGGAGUUUAGAUCAAUUUAUUUAUGCCUAUCAUACAUAAAUCAUUCGUCUAUGAUGCCUAUGAUUGAUGCUGCAUUACAAUACUGUCUGCUCUAUAAUUUUGUAUUUUGCGACGUCUUCUCUAGCUCGUCCGUUUCCACAUGCCAAAAUGACAAUUCGAUAUUACAAUUCAUAAAGUCCACAGUGACAUUAUAA